AUGGCAGCAGGAAGGAUUCUAAUUCCUUUGAUGUUCUGUGCACGGGCUGAGCACUUCGCUGUUCUAGAGCUGUACACCGAUCGUGCCUGCAGCUCAAAGCCGUACCAGUCGUACCAUUAUCCGCCACAGCGCUUGGGAGCUUGUCUAGAGGAUCCCCGGCCAGGCGUUCCUGACAACUAUUGGUUCAAGGCCGGGGUCGUCAGCGGACAUUAUACAGUCGAUUACUAUGGCACGGACGACAACUGCACGACCAAAACAGAACGACGUACUGUUGAAGAGAUUGAUAAGUGCAUUGUGCUUGACUUUGACUACAAGUUCCACUCCCAGAAAUGGACAAUAAAGUCAAGCGGCUACUACCAGGAGACAGUGUUCCCAGGCGGAUGGUGCUCCUACAAAGAACGACACCUCGAGGUGUACAAAAUGGUUGGCUAUUGUGAACCUUUUCACACAUCCACAGGCUCCGUGAUGAGCGUGUGUGAGCAUGGCGAGAUUGUGCAGUUGCAGUUCGGCUUGGACAACUGCACCGGUCACUCAAGCAAGAUGAGCCCCAGGCGACCACCAAAUGUGUGCAUAUCCAGCAUGAGCUUGGGUGUCAUCAACCACGGCUGUCCCGCCGAGGCUGUCAGCGAGACUCCUGGCGACGUGCAGCUUGAAGGUCCCAGCAAUGGACACACCAAGUCUACUACAUCGCGGCAGGUUUCCGUGGGUGUGGGAGAAAUUUCGGCUGCAGCACGCGUUGGCAGGCCUGGCGCAGGUGUGCAUUCCUUUUGGGGUCUCAUAGCGGCAGGCUGGCUAUACUUUGGCCAGAACAGCUGA